UUUUCCAUUCGAUUUAGGUCGAUUAUUACGGAUGGAAGCAUGUCGCAUUCGGGUUGAAAUAGAUACACAGUCUUUUCUUAUCUUAUAAAACAGAUAUCCUGGAUUGUGUCACACAUUGUACAAAAAUAGCAUAAUUAAGUCUUUCUUUAAUUACUAUAUAUGCACUAUACACAAUUGAUGCGGAAAUAGUCUACGGGAACAACGAAACACGUCAAACGGGUCAGGCGCCCAAACAGACGGAGGAGCAUCAAGAAAGUAUUCAAGUGUAAUAAAAGAGAAAGUUUAGAUUGUUUCUGUCGCGAUAUACAUUUUAUAAACUACAUAGCACACUGGUUAUCAAUAAAUAUAGUAGUAGACUCAUCAAACAGAGAUCGAAGGUACAUCAUAACAUCAGUAAUAUCGUAUUUCAGUAUUUCUGAUCUCCCCUGUGAUGUCACCAUAUUAAAAAGAGGAAAAUGAGCAUCGUACCAAAAGAGACAGUUGAGGUGAUAGCACAGAGCAUCGGCAUAAAUAAUUUGUCUCCAGAUGCUGCAUUGGCUCUUGCUCCUGAUGUUGAAUAUCGUAUCCGUGAAAUAAUACAGGAGGGCAUCAAAUGCAUGCAUCAUUCAAAAAGGACUACAUUGACUACAGAUGACGUGGAUAGUGCACUUAGCAUGCGAAACGUUGAGCCAAUCUACGGAUUCGCAUCUGGAGACCCGUUGAAAUUCAAGAGAGCCCUUGGACACAACGAUUUAUUUUACAUUGAUGACAAGGAUGUAGAUUUCAAAGAUGUUAUUGAAGCUCCAUUGCCAAAGGCACCGCUAGAUACUGCACUUUUCUGUCAUUGGCUUGCCAUUGAAGGCGUACAACCUGCCAUUCCCGAAAAUGCUCCUGUUGAAGUUAUUGCUGCUUUACCCGAGACAAAAAAAACCGAGCAAACGAGUGACGAGCUGCCCGUUGAUAUUAGAUUGCCUGUAAAACAUGUCUUAUCCAGAGAGCUUCAGUUAUACUUCAAUAAAAUUACCGAGCUGGCAGUAAGUAUGCCGGAUUCUGUUCUGUUCAAGGAAGCACUAGUGAGUUUGGCCACAGAUUCUGGACUGCAUCCUUUAGUUCCUUAUUUCACAUGCUUUAUCGAAGAUGAGGUUUCUCGUGGUCUAAACGAUUUUCAACUGCUUUUUGCAUUAAUGCGCCUUGUUUGGAGUCUUCUUCAGAAUCCACACAUAAAUGUCGAAUCUUAUUUGCACCAACUGAUGCCACCUAUCGUAACAUGCAUUGUUACAAAAAAGUUAGGAAAUCGAAUUGCCGACAAUCACUGGGAGCUUAGAGACUUCACUGCCAAGCUUGCUGCCACUAUAUGUAAAAGGUUUGGGCGUAAUUAUAGUAGUCUCCAGUCACGUCUGACUAAAACGUUGCUUAAAUCGUUUUUGGAUCGAAAACGGACAUUGACUCAACAUUAUGGUGCGGUUCAAGGACUAGCAGCUCUUGGACCUCAUGUGGUUUGCCUUCUUCUUUUGCCAAAUCUCGAGAGUUAUUUAGGGUUUCUUGAAGAAAUACUUCAGAAUCAAAAAAAGGAAAUCACAAGACAUGAAGCUUGGCGUGUAUAUGGUGCAUUGCUGCGUGCUGCAGGUAGAUCGGUGUAUGAUCUGCUAAAGGAUUUCCCAAUAUUCCCAUCACCGCCCCCAAAUACUUACUGGAGGAUCAAUACGAAGGUCAUCGGUACAAGUGAAACACAUAAACGCAAGGCAGAUACAGAAGAGUUGGAACAACAGCCGUCCCCAAAGAAAACGAUUACUGACGGACCCGUGGUUUCACCAUCUAACGAUGUCAGCAUAGCACCAGGUGAAACUGAAACUGGUGCGAAUGUUGGUGAACCCGAGCCUGAAACUUCAUCGGCUCAAAUGCAAACGGGUGAUGAUGAUGAUGAUGUUAAAGACAAUAAUAAUAAUAACACACAAGGACGGAAAGAUAGCAGCUAUGGAUUGAGGACGUCUGCAUAUCUUAAGCAGGUUUGGAAAGACGAUCUGAAUUCGGGACAAGUUGUUAUGUCACUAUUUGAAGUGUUCGGUGAAGGCAUUAUGUCCUUCAUUCCUGCUCCUGAGAUGUCUCUAUUUCUGUAAUUUUAGUUUUGCAACAUUGUUAGUUUAAGAUGAAGAAGCUAAUCAAGAGUGUUACGAUUUGGAUGUUUUUUUUUCGUAUAAUAUUGGACUUUGGUUUUCUAAUUUUUAGGUCUAAUAAUGCAGUAA